GGCGAGGGUCUGGCAACACUGCAGGCCAGGCGGUUGUUGUGAAGAUGGCGGAGCAACACCUGGGAUACCGGGAGGUGAUCCCUGACCAGUCGGCCCUCGUCCAGUGGAGGAAUAUUACUAUAGAUACUGGAGCAGCUCAGAGCACCCUGCAAGACAUCAAGGUUCCUGAGUAUGGUGGAGGAUACACCUUCACUCCUCUCUCACACAACCGCUGCCUCUUUUGGAGAGUGUGUCAUGACGUGGUGGAGCUGUGGGAGGAGAGUCUUGACCAUGACUUCUGUCACAACCAUGUACAGCUAAGGUUCGCUGACACACCAGUGCUGGAGGGGCUGAGUGUCCAUGAGACUCGUCAGUACGUCUACAUCCUGCUGGCCACUGUGUCCUCCGUCCACCGCAUACGUCUGCCCCACCCUCACACAACUCAGAGCAGACCACAUCCAUAUUGGUGACCUCAACCUUCCAGACCCUCAAGGAGUACCACC